ACCAAAAACUGGUUGAGUUCCUUCCAUGGUCCGACGCCAUAUCUCAUUUUAACCUUCCUCAAAGCACUCGUCUCCCAUCUCUUUUCCCCCUCGCGCUUUCCCAAUUCCAUCUUCCAUCUUCAUCUUCCAUCUUCUCGACCUCCAUAGCUGCACAAACUGAACUUGAUUUCCACAAUCGACUCCAAUACAUAUACUGUCGACCCGCGAUCCCACCGUCGUCUUAUUCACGGCGGUCGAUUCUGGCCUGUCUAACCGAUGCAAUUUCUGGGUUGAGAAUAAUUGAAAACUCUGAGGGGAUUCAAUGGCGUUGCAAGAACAACUAGAUAGGUUUAAGAAACAGCAAGAAAGAUGUCAGACUACUUUGUCUGGCAUUGCUGCAGCCAAGUCUGCAUCCAAGUCUACACCCAAGUUUACGCCUGCACCAGCUGCUUCCAGACCUCCGGCUCCUGCUGUAAAAUUUUCAAAUGAUACUGAGAGACUUCAACACAUUAACAGCAUAAGGAAAUCCCCAGUUGGGGCUCAGAUCAAGAGGGUUAUUGACCUGCUGCUGGAGACAAGGCAAGCCUUUACACCUGAGCAAAUCAAUGAAGCAUGUUAUGUUGAUAUAAAUUCCAACAAGGCUGUCUUUGACAGUCUGCGGAAUAACCCAAAGGUGCACUAUGAUGGCAGGCGUUUCUCAUAUAAGUCCAAGCAUGACCUGAAGGAUAAGAAUCAACUUCUUUACUUGAUUCGGAAAUUUCCAGAAGGCAUUGCUGUCAUUGAUCUCAAGGAUGCUUAUCCAAGCGUUAUGGAGGACUUGCAAGCCCUAAAAGCCUCAGGCCAGGUCUGGCUUCUCUCAAACUUUGAUUCACAAGAAGAUAUCGCAUACCCAAAUGACCCUCGGAUUCAAAUCAAGGUAGACGAUGAUCUGAAGCAACUCUUUCGGGAGAUCGAAUUACCUCGUGACAUGCUUGAUGUCGAAAAGGAUCUGCAGAAGAAUGGGAUGAAGCCUGCGACCAACACUGCAAAGAGGCGAGCCAAUGCACAACAUGUUGCAUCCUCGAAACCGAAGCUGAAGAAAAAGAAGCAAGAGAUCAGCAAGAGGACUAAGCUUACCAAUGCACAUCUUCCCGAGCUCUUCAAAAACUAGAGAACCAUUUAGGUUGGGAUGCAACAAUAUUGUUUUCAUGGACUUUGUAGAUAGGAUUCAACCAUACCUUCUGUUUGGUGUAUUGCCUUUUCUUUUCCAUGAUAUUAUCAUAGAAUGAAAUGCUCCUGUGGUUUACUUUGUAUGUCUGCGCUUUUACAUCAAUUAAUUGAACAAAUGAAAUGUAAGAUAUAGGUUCAAUUAAACUGGAUAUAUGAUUUUAGAAGUUUAGCAUA